GGGCGGCAGGGCGCGGCAGCCAAUCAGCGAGCGGCUUCUAUAGGGCUUGAGUUAUUAGACGCUGAUCUCAAAACAUCCUUCAUCAGACACCAAGGAGAGGCCAACAGAUGAGGGGAGCCAUUUUUCUGCAAUGGAAUUAAAUGGCCAAGUGGGUUUUUCCUUUGUUGCAAAUGGGGAAUGUUUUUCCUUUGACUCCACCAUCCAGUUCUGGACGCCUCAGUGUGUUUUAACACUUGUCAACAGGCUAAAGGACUCAAUUGGAAGAACGAAGACUUUAAAAAGAUCUGGAUUUUUCCUUAUGACUUGGAAUCCAUCUUUGUCUUGUAUAACUAGGUCAUAGCACACCAUUAAUGUCAGCAGUUAAUAGUUUUGAAUUCCAAAAAAACCUAAAGCAGUAAACAGUCCUCAGCGAAGCCGCCUUUCGCCAACCCGAUCCUGGAAAGUUUGCAGAAGUGGAAGGCGCAGAAAAUGCCAUGAGAGUGUAACUUACAAAAGCCUCCGCCCAACUUGAUCUUCCAGACUCCAUGGCACCGAGGCUGAUCGGGGUAAGUUAAAAAAAAAAAGCUUUUUGCCCACUCCAGGAGAGCUGCUUUCAGGCAGGCCAAGAGCUGCAAAUCUUUGGGAAUAGAGGCGAGGUUUCUGGAGCUUUAUGCUUGGCCGUCGGCUCGGAGAUGGGAGGAUGGUGAAGCGAGGAAGGCUCCUCAGAUGCUGGUCCCUUGUCCCCGGGAGGCGAGCAGAGUGUCCCCCAGCGACCUCGGGCAUCCUGGGCGCACCCCCCCCCCCUUGCUACGUUUCAGCUUUGGUGGGGAGAAGAAAUUGAGGUGCUUUGAAUGUUGGGAAGGAGGGUUUCAAAUCGAGAGAAGCUCCCCGCCCGGCCUAGGACCUCUCUUUUUCACUGGAAGGAGUCCCUUCUCUCCGAAACUUGCUUUGCGGGGCUCCGGGGCGCGCCCGAGCCUCCCCGCCACAAAGGACAAAAGGCCGGCGGCGUCCAUGUUGGCGGCGUGACGCAGCAGCUCUGCCGCCCGCACCCGCCAGCGCCCGUCCUCCCGCUCCCGACCGCUCUCGCUCCUCCCUCCCAAACACGACUUUUAUUGUCAGGUUCCGAGCAGACCCGGGACCGGGCCAGAGCCAGAGUCGAACCGACCCGGGGCUGACGGGAGGGCCGGGCCGGGCCGUGGGCGGAUAAUGGCGGCCGCUCUCCUCUCCUCCCCUCCCUCCUCUCCCGCCCUCCUUUCUUCCCGGCGCGGCGCGGGGAGCCGAGCGGAGGCGGCGGCCCCAGAGCCGGGCCUUUCCGACAACCCGCUGGACCCGGGAGCGGCCGCGGGGGCCCCCUCACUCGCCUCCCCAGACGGGCGCCAUUUCGCGCGCCGCCCGCAGCUCGGGCGGUGGCUGCCUCGGCGCCGGCGGGAGGGGGAGGAGGCGGCGGGCUGGGGGAGGGGGGGCCGGGCGCACCGCCUGCCUGGCGGCCCGGAGCCGCGGAGGCCUCGACGACGACGCGCGAGGGAAGGCUCCGCCGCCGCCCGGACCCCGCGCCCCACGAGGCGGCCCACAGGGCCACGAGGCGGAGGCCGCGCUUCCGGACCGGCCCGGGCGGGGGGGGGGGGGCGGGGACCCCGGCGCUGCCCUCUGCCCUCCGCGGGCGCCUCCUCGCGGGCCCGGGCUCCUGGCGGCCCAGCCGGCCUGGGUCGACCGAGCCCGAGGGCCUGGGGGCCACUUCCUCCCCGCUGAGGGCGCGAGGCCCUUGGGAGAGGCCACCGUCGCCCCGAAUUGGCCAUGGCGGGCACACCCCUCCAGCCCGGGCCCCGGGGUGGGGGCGGGGGCCUGGGAAAGCGGAGGCUGGGAGCCCCCGAGCGCCGGGCUGCGGGGUAAACCCCGGGCUCCUGGCUCUUCCAGAGGGAGGGGUGCGCGGGGCGGGCCUUUGGGAAUGCAGAUGAACCACCUCCUGCUGCUGGUCGCCCGGCCCGACCUAAGUGACUCAGCCAUCCCCGGCCCCCAUCCAUUCCCGAGCGAGGGCCGCCCUGGCAGCUGAGGGUCGGGGGGGGGGGGCGGGGGGGUGCCCUUUGGCUUCUCCUCUCUGUGGCCGUCAGCCCCCUAACGAGUUCUCCGACUUCACCCCCAGGGUCUUGGCCGGAGAAGGGGCAGCGGGUCUGCCCUGCCCUGCCCCCUCCCCGGGGGUGGACAGUCCUCUGGACGGCAGGAGCAGGCCUAGUUUGACAGUCUUCCCACCAAAGGUAGGUGUGAGGCCUUCCCCAGGCUUUGGAGAGCGAUUUGGGGGUCUUUGGCCAGGAGCCCAGGAAGGAGGGGCUCCCCGAACCCGCUGGGCUGGUUCUGCGGCCCGUCCCCGCAGGUGUGGGGCCGCGUGUGCGGCGGCCGCCUGCUGGCCUGCCAGGGCCGUCCUUCCCCGCCUGCCAGCGUCUGUUGUCAGAAGUGCGGGGCGUGCAGUUCUCCGCGGCGCUGAGCCACACACAAGAGGCUACACUGGCGAGUAUUUCUCAGUCAUGUGUUGUGUGGUUGGGGAGGGCCCAGAGUGUCUCUCACUGUGAAAGACUCAGUCUGCUGCCAGGAAACCCAGCCGAGCUGCAGCCCUCCCUUCCGGUCCCCGUGGGGGCGUGUGGGGUGACGGUCUGAGCGCCUCUUCCCUCUCAUGUCUGGCUGCCUGGGAGGUGAACCGAAGGGCCGGCAAUCCAGGAGGCCUCCCUGAGAAGAGUUCUCCCUCUUCCUGGGAAUUCCCACGAUUUACUCUCCCCGCCGCCCCCCCCCCCCCCCCCCCCGUCUGUCCAAAAUGAGCCCUGUUUAUAAACAGAACCGGGCGAUCGAGCCACUCGUUUACCUGCCAUGACCUUGCCUAAGCCUCACAGCCUCUCACCCCCAGUUCCAUUUGCCUCUGUGGGGUUUCCACCCCCAGUGAGUCUGGGGGCUUGAGCUUACUGCUUGCUCACACGCAGCUCGGGUGCCGGUUCUGCAGUUUGAGUCCGUAGGUGGGAGUCUGAGAAUUUGCAUUUCUGGCAAACCACGGAUGCCGUGAUGAACGGGAGGGGGUUGGGGGGCGCUCCGUGUCGCCUGAGCUCAUGGACUGUCUGGCUUUGCAGUCUUGGCAGCUGCCUCUCCUCUCCAAGAGGGCCAUGUGGGCUUCCAGUCCCCUUUGUCUCCAGGAAGCUCCACAGCUGGAGCCCGCGUGGCCCUUGAUCUCUGACCCCUAUGAUCUCUGCUCUGUGAUUACUUUGAAGAACCAUUUGGGUCCAGGUGACACUGCCCUGGUGCCCUCCCCCACUAUGGACUGAGAUGUGGCUGAGAGUCCGCCCUGCCCCCAUUUUCACCUUUCAGUUUGGAGGGUAAAGUAGGCCUUGGGGGUAGCCUGUGGGGCUUUGAUUGGAGCAUCUUCUUGCAUGAUCUAGGGAGGUGCCUAAAGGCUGGUGGCCGGUGACCUUGGGCUAGCAGAAUGAUAAUGAGGAAACCAGCCGAAGAGGAUGGUGGGAGGAUUAAGUGUGAUUAAGGGGGCUGGCCUGGCAUGCAGGCCUCACACCAGUUGGCCUCCAUUACACCCUCCUGCGAGGAGUGGGGGCUGGGCUGCCUGCAGAGCUCCUCCCCCACCAGCCCACCCCCUAAGCACGUGGCAGAGCCUGGGGCUAAGGCAAAGACUGCUUUCUGCUGGCUGGCAGCCAGCCCUUUCUUUUCCUCCAAGGUAGUUUGCAGUGAGAUGACCUGUACCGGGCUACUAGGCCAUUCCCUGAUUGGGGGGUGGGGGGGUCAUGAUUUAGGAUCACUUAAGAGUAGAGAUUCACCCAAGGUCAUGAGGCCACCACUGGCAUCUAGGACAGGGUUCCAGGUGUCUUGACUUGCAGCCCAGCGCCUGUGUCUGAGGCAACCCCUCACCCCAGCUGUCUGGGUUAUUUUGGGCUCCCUCCCAGUGCCAGCUGCCUGCUGGCAUCACUGCCCAGGAGCUUGGGAAGCUGUCUGGUUGAAAGCAAUCAGCAUGGUCCGCUCAGCUCCUCGCAGCCGCUGAGCCCACGGCCCCAGGUGAGCUGGUUUUGACCCAUCUGUCUGUCAGGGGGAGGACCCCUUCCUGGGGCGAAGGGAGUUGGGGCAAGCAUUUUGUAGAAGUUGCUGAGGCUGAAAUUACUAAUGUCUCUUAAGUAACUUCCUUCUCUGCCCUGAGUGUUUCAUUUUGCUCCACCAUGGGUGAGCUUGUUCACCCCCCUCCAUCCUGUGACUGCUGUCACCUGAGGGUGCCCUGUGUCUCUUUGAAGAGAAUCCGUAGGGUACCCUCCAAGCCAGGUCUUUAGUUCCCUUGGCCAUCACAUGGUUAAGUAAUUGAUUGAACACCCGCCCCCACCCCCACCCCAGCUGUAGCCAGGAGUGCUGAAGCCAGUUCCUCCACUCUGCCUUCCAACCAAUUAAGGAGCAAUUAGGUGCUUAACUGUGGUCUGGGUGUGAUUCUUGGAAGGGAGAAGUGUCUGGAUGACCUGGAAGGAUCUGGAAGGAUGGCACCCCUCCCUGCUUCCUUUUCUCUUUCACCUCCCUCUUUCUGCUUUCUUUGUCACCCCACCAUCAUUGCCACUGUAUCACCAAGAGGUGAUAUAUGGGGGCAGGGCAGCCUUUCUGUCCCUGGGCUUUCCCUCCUGGUCCUGGUAGGGCGGCCCCGCCCACCAGUCACCCUGGGAGCUAUGGGCGGGGCUGUUCCUGGCGACCUGCUGCUGAGGCCAGCCUGGAGAGGGCCACGCCAGCGGAAGGGCUGCUGGACUUGCCUCGCUACUGGACACUGGGGUUCCCGCCUCUUCCGGCCCAUUUACCCACAGCCUCAGUGUGUAGUGUGACCUUUUGGACCCUCUGGGUGGGGACUUCACCUCUGCCUAGACUGGGGAGAGAGGCCCGCCGUCUCUGAGGCCUCCUAGGUCCUGUGCCAGUCUGCAGGGCGAGUCCCUGCCCCUCAGGGAGCCAGAGGCUCCCCAGGUGAAGGAGUUAACCCAUAACGUUUUGAACUGUUUGACUUGGCUUUGUGAGGGUGCUUUUUUGUACUCUAGCAGCUACAACACACCCAAGUACUUUGUGUGUGUGUGUGGGGGGGGGGGGAACAGGCCAUCUCCCCUCUCUGAAACCUCAGAAUAGCUUACUCAGGAAAGACCUCUCAGGUAUGCUCUGAGGCACCAGGGAAGGUAAAGCCACAAGCACAGGCACUUCCCUUUCCUCAGCAGCUCCUUUCUUGUCCUCCCAGAUCUCCAGGAAUUCCUGGUGACUGGAAGAAUGAUGGGCUCUUAGACCAUCUUGCAGGUAAAAACAAGCUCCCCUGAAGUUGCUGGCCUGCCUCUGCCUCCUCAGCCGGCCUGCUCUCCUCAGCCGGCCUGCUUGGGCCCAGCUGUCUCUGAGGAAGCUUUGAACAGCUGUCCUGUCUCUGGGGUAUUUUUAGUUACAAAUCCAACCCCUACACCACCACUGGAGCUGGGUCCAAAUCAAACACGCUCCAGGCCGGGUGGGGCUGGGGUUCUGCCAGCCUCCUGACCAGGCAGGAAUGGGUGGGUGGGAUGGGGCUAGUGUCAGCUGUUCUGUCUGGAAGCCAGCAAGGCUGGGAAGACUCGCCUUCCCUCAGAUUUGUGUAGGUCAUUUGAUCAGCACUAAGCUGCAGUCGCAGUGCCAUUUCUCAGAGAAGCUGUAGGCUGAGGCCCAAGGUAUUUUUUUUUUCUUUUCUGUUACUGAAGCUUUAGCACUCUGGGUCAGAUUUUCAGAUAAGAGAAAGGGAGCGAGGGAAAGACACCACAACACCAAAGCUUUCUUCAUUGCAGUGGAAGCUGGGCUCAAACCUGGGCUGUGUACAUGGCAAAGCAAGCGCACUAUCCAGCCUGUGCUGCCGGGUCGGGCGAUGGAUGCCCCGGCCCCCGCCGUCCCGGGCCCGGGCAGGAAGGAGCUGAAGAUAGUCAUCGUGGGCGACGGCGGCUGCGGCAAGACCUCGCUGCUCAUGGUGUACUGUCAGGGCUCCUUUCCUGAGCACUACGCCCCCUCCGUGUUCGAGAAGUACACGGCCAGCGUGAUGGUGGGCAGCAAGGAAGUGACCCUGAACCUCUACGACACCGCUGGGCAGGAAGAUUAUGACCGGCUACGCCCACUCUCCUACCAGAACACCCACGUGGUGCUCAUCUGCUAUGAUGUCAUGAACCCCACCAGCUAUGAUAAUGUUCUUGUCAAGUGGGUUCCUGAGGUCACGCAUUUCUGCCGGGGGACCCCGACUGUACUCAUUGGCUGCAAGACGGACCUGAGGAAGGACAAGGAGCAGCUGCGGAAGCUUCGGGCUGCCCAGCAGGAGCCCAUCACCUACAUGCAGGGCCUGAGCACCUGUGAACAGAUCCAAGCUGCCCUCUACCUGGAAUGUUCCGCCAAGUUUCGGGAGAACGUGGAAGAUGUCUUCCGAGAGGCUGCCAAGGUGGCCCUCAGCGCUCUGAAGAAAGCACAGCGGGGGAAGAAACGACGGCUAUGCCUGCUGCUCUGACCCGUGGUGGGGCUCCCUAUGACAGGACUGACAGGCGGGCCCCCAGGCUCCUGCCCCAUCAGAACUGGGUAUCUCCAGUGCCUGGGGCUAGACUCUUAUAACAUUCUAGAACUCUCUCCUUCCCCAGUCAGAGCUCUGACUGAACCUACACUGGAGCUGUGGUCCGAGAAGUGGCAGGUAUGGGUGUUGGACUCACACCCUUCUGUGCCCAGGAACCAGCAUCAUACCCCCAAUAGGACCUCAGAGCCUGUGCCUGAAACCAACUAUGCCCAGUGUGGAGUCACAUAGACUAGCAGCCUUCCACAUGCUGGUUGCUCCAUGUCACCCCCUCUGGCCUUCUGCGAUAGGCAGGCACCCUCAGCUUUUUGCUUCCUUCCUCUAAGAACUCGGGGCCAUGAUGGGUGAGGGCUAUCAGGAGAAGGCAGGCACCAGAUCCGGAUGUGGGGGCUUCAGCAGUCACUCUCACCCCCUGGCCCCCAGAAGAUGGUCCUGGCCUUCAGCUUGGCUACUAGCUUCUAGAGUGGAACACACACACCCAAGGAGAAGUAAGAGUCCCUAAAACCUCUACAACCCUGGACCACCCACCCCACCCCUCCGGAGGUCUCCCUGCAACCCUCACUGCCAAAAACUGGAGAUGAGAAAUGACAGGGCCUCCUUGGGCAGACCUGUUCUGUUUACAGCCUUCGCCCAUCUGUGGGACACUUAAUGGCUGUCAAGCCCCUCUGUGGCUCACAGCUCCCACUUCUACCAAGAUGUGCAGUUCUGGAGCUGAGACAAACCUGCCCUCCUUGAAAAAUGGACUUGAUCAACCACAGCUAUAGGUUCUUGGAACCACCUCUUAAAAGAACUGAGCUGGGCAUACCCAUGAGCUUCUAAUGCCCCAGAGGCUCACAGAUGCCUGCUUCCUGGGCAUAGGAACCUUGGCUGUGGGUGGCCCCCACCCUCACUUGCACCAUGCUGUGGACCCUACAGAGCCCAAGCCUCCUUCCCAUCUUGGGUUCUAGGGAGAGAUCUCUGAAAUCCACCCCAUCCCCUGAUGUGCCUGGGAGGUCCAGGACUCACUGGGGGGCCUUGGGAUGAAAGACAGUCCGAGACUGAGAUCAGAAAGCUACAGCCUGUGAUUCGAAGCUGCCUGUUUUUAUAAAUAAAAUUUAUUGGCUCCCAGCCACACCAUUCAUUUA